AUGUUCAAGCUAUCACCAAUCAUAUUUAGAAUUGGAAACCGUGGUGCAUUCACGCUGAACCUUGGCGUAGGAAUUCGCCAGUCGCGGAGCUUUAAGCUAUUUUCGCCAUCUUUGUUUCAGAAGAGAGGUUUCCGUUCACCACCCAGAUUCAGUCAGUUCCAAAGGCAGAGUCUCGUCUCCCAUUUCAAUAGAAUUCAAUGGAAUGUGUUAGCAAAGCCUGCUAUUUUCACAGCGGCAUUCCUUUUGGUUGCUCCUCCAGCUAUACACUUUGUCCUUGAUAGAGCCACUUUGCUCAAAAGAAAUCCACAGGCAUUAGUUUAUUCGAUCAUUGGUUUGAACGUGGGUGUCUUCUUUGCAUGGCAAUCCCCUCGCUUCACGCUCCUUUUAAGAAGAUAUGCUUUACUUAUCAACGAUAGGUUCUCUUCCGUGUGGUCAAUAAUUGGCUCGGGCUUCUCCCAUAUGACCUUCACUCAUAUGUUCUUCAACAUGUUCUGCUUUCAGUCAUUCGGCUCGACGCUUGCUGUUACUCUUGGACCAGCAGGCUUUUUGCUGGCCUACCUUGGAUCUAUUGUAGUGUCGUCGUUUGUUUCCCUUGCCGUCAGAACUAUUGCUAGGCAAGGAGUGAGUGGUUCCUUGGGUGCUUCAGGUGGUGUUUUCGGACUUCUCGGUGUGUUUUCUUAUUUAUUUCCAAAUGCUGGUAUAGCUCUCUUUUUCAUUCCAAUUCCAGGAGGAGCUUGGCUCAUCUUCUUGGGCUCUAUUGCAUUCAACGCAUUUGGUAUGUUCUCCAAGACUCGUUUUGACUUUGCAGCUCACGUUGGUGGAAGUUUGGCAGGUAUUUACUACGGUUGGAGAGCCAAAAAAGACGCAAAGGACAGGAGACGUCGCCGUAUGAUUUAUUCCUAA